AGCCAUGUCAGCUCGAGCCGUUUGUCGAGGCAUGCGCCGAGCCUUUCCCCCGCGCGUCCGCGCCACGCGUCUGUGGACGCGUCCCAGCUGCGGCGCCGUGAGCAUGCGUAGAGUGGGAGAGCUAUGCCGGCGCGGGAGGGCCGAGGGACAGAGCGAGUGGCCCGCCGCCGCGCCACGCGCGCGCACGCUGCUGCAAGCCCAGCGACAAACGCCCUCCAGGCGGACGCGUAUCCGGCCGGCCACCCGCCCGCUGAUCCUCCAGGCAGCUGCGGCCCGUCCUGCCUGUGCAUGGACGGCACCAGGAAGCACGACGAGUGGGAGAGGCGCAAGUCUUGGAUCGAGGCGUCUGGCUGCUGCUGCUGGUCCGGCCAGCAGCGGCGUCGGCAUCUUCUCGCUCCCCCAGGACCGAGGAUGAGAGCCGUGGGCGAGAUGCGCGCAAGUGCCUGGACGCCUUCUCCAAGGACGCGCUCCGUGCUCGCGCGCGGCCGCGUCUCCGGCCAGCACUUCCUGGAGCCCGCUGCCGGCGCGGCUGCGGCGCGGGGCCCCGGCCCCGCCGAGGAGCCGCUGGCGCCCUGCGAAC